AAUUAGUUUUCAAUUGAACCGCAUCAUAUAAGUAAAUUAAUUAUUUAUCCAAUAUAUAUAUGUAAUAAAUGUUUGUCUGUUUGUAAAUAAUACUUUAAUAUAAUUUGAAGGAUUCUGGCACUUUAUCUAAAAUGGCUACACCUUUAUCAAACCUCAGCUAUGACGAGCCAAUAGAUAACAUAUUUGAAGAUGAAGAUGAAGCUGAUUACCAAAGAUUUUACAUGUGGAUGACAAAAGCUGCUAUUUUUAUGACAAUUACAGAUAUCAUUCAAUUUUUCUUAAUUUUAGGCGUACUCGGAAUAAAUAUUUAUUUUAUAGUAAUAAUUUGCAGGAAUAAGAAUUUAAAAACAAUCAAAGCAAAUCGGUACUUAAUGCAUUGUUCUAUAUUUAAUCUCUUUAUGUGGAUUACGAAACCAUUAUAUAUAAUUAUAAUGGAGGUUUUUAGGUUAUACCGAUACUUAGGUUGGGGAGUGUACUGUGUUGAAACACAAUUUGAGACUAUUGGUCUUACGGGUAUGUUUUUGUGCAUGUUCGGUAUUGGCAUUGAAUGGCUUUUAGCGGUAAAUAAGACCAAGAUGAAACCUUUUGUACAAAAGCUUUAUGACCAUUCUAUCCAUAUUAUUUAUAUGCUGGGCAUUAUGAAAGCUAUUAUUGACUCUAUUGUUUGUCAGUAUUCAUUUGAUAUUCGAUAUAAUUAUAUAGAACACGUUUUACUUUUUGCUUUGCUUGCCUUUGUCAUUUACUGCAAUAUUAAAAAGAACACAUUGAAAGCCAAAAAUUCUUACUUGUUAUCUGUAAUAAACUUGUUUGUAUUCUCUUGGAUUCCCCUGUAUUGUUACGACAUUUUAUUUGAUGUAACGAGAUAUCAAUAUACCAUGGCAUUUAUUUUAAGGGUCACCAAUUUUAUACCAAAUUAUUUAGCGUACGGAAGCCCUAUUGUAAUUUUUAUUUGGUUGGGUCGAAAAAACAAAUAUUUCAAAGUGGCCUAUCGAAAAUCGUGCAGUUGUUGCACUUGCUGUAGGGCAAUAAGCGAUUACAGCGGUGACGAUGAAACUUUUGAGGAUUCUGAGGAAAUUGAAGAUGUGGAAAAUGUUGAAAAUAUGUCCAAUAAUGCAACACAUUUGUAAAAGUUAUAUACAAUAAAUUUUAUUUGAUAAGUACAAUUAACCUCUUUUCUGUAUCUAUACAGAGUGAGUUUUAUGUAUGGAAACCCUAAAUUAUCUCGGAAACGGCUUGUACGAUUUUUAUAUAAAAUAUUUUGGUGGCAAAGAAUUUUCUAGUACGGCCGAUCUUAUACUGGUAAUUACAUUGUUGCCAGAUCUUCCGUUUUUCCGGAAAUCUAGUGAACUCUCUUAUUUCAAAUAGCUCCCUGUGUAUUAUUUAUAUUUUAAAAUCCUUAAAAAAUACUGAUUAUUUUUCAUGUUACAUUCCCUAUACCUAAAUACCAUAAUUUCGGAGUUAUUGCUACAUUUAUUUAAAAAAAUUUAAACAAAUUAUAAAAAUAAAUUUUGUCGACCAGGGUAGGCACUAUUUUAGAUCUUUUUUGGUCAUUAGGAACAAAAAAGAUCUGUUGUGAUUUUUUUCUAAAAUUAAUCGUUUUCGAGUUAUAAACAAUUUAAAACUGAAAAAAAAAAAAUGAAAAAUGACGAUUUUCAAGGUACAAAAACACAAGUAAAAAUAUAAGUUUUGGAAUAACGAAAUACCUAAAUUUAAGCUUAAAUCUUCUUUUAUUAGCUGCAUAUAAGAAUUUUUAGCACUUGUUGGAAAUUUUUUUUAAUUGUAAAUGAAGCGCAUAUGAGAGGAUGGGUGAUCGGUCUGCAUUAACAACUAAAAAACAAUCUUUUAAAAAGAAAUAAGCUCAAAUUAUUUAUCGGUAACUGUAAAAUAUGGUUUGAACUUGAAUUUAGCUACUUCCUAGUUUCAAAAAUAAUAUUUUUUAUUUGUGUUUUGAACCUUGAAAAUUGUCAUUUUUGCAUUUUUUUUUCAGUGUUAUAUUGCUUAUAACUCGGAAAGAUUAACUUUAGAGAAAAAUUACAAAGGACCUACUUUGUUCCUAGUGUUCCAAAGAACCUAAAAUAAUAUCAAUUCGGUCCAAAAAAAUUGAUUUUUAUAAUUAUUUGUUUAAAAAUGUUUUUUAAUAAAUGUAGUAAUGACUCCGAAAUUAUAGCAUUUAGGU